ACUAGGAUAGUUCACAAGGAUCGACUAAAGAGGGCCUAUCGACCAAUCUACAACAUUGAUCAAAAAUAAAAAUCGAUAUGGCAAUCUAUAUGAUUUUCUGAACAUGCGCAUGCGCACAUGCAAAAUUUUAAAGCUACCGCCAUAUUGCUAAGAAGCGUAAAGAACGCAAGGUACAAGUGCACAAAAAAAAACGCUAUUAAAGAAAAUAAGAAAGGAAAGAAGAAGAAUUUAAACAAAAAUGGAUCUGAAUGAGUUUGAAGAAAUUGGACAAUAUAUUCUGGACGCCGUAUGUAUCCGUGACAUAGGCCCGGUUUUUAAUAAUAAUUUGGCGCAAAGUAUUGGCCGAACAUGCAUUGAUUGUGCAUUCAAGAUGGUCCCAGAGGCAAAGGACAUGUGGUUCUUUAUGGGGUGGCACAACCACGUGUCAAAAAAAUACAAAUAUAAAUUACAUCCACUGCAUUAUAUGCAAAAAAAUGCUAUGCAGGAUGAGACCUGCAGCCUCCUGCACUGACUGCAGGAGUAGACUGUUUGCAGCCGAUGACGAACACAAGGAGGUUUUUCGCGAAGGAUUUAUUUUGCCAACGAAGGACCCCAAUAUUUUUUCGAUAAAAGAUGUUGUUAUUCAAAGCGGAGAGUACAGAGUUGUUGUUAAUAAUCAGCAUUAAUUAAUGGUUUCUGUUGUAAAAUAAUUAUUUAAAAUAUAUAUAUAAUCGUUCUUAUUCAUUAUUCUUAACAAAUGGGUUCAUUUAUUCCAAAUUCCUGCAAACCAUUCUCAAUUCGUUCGAAGUAUUAAUGCGCAGACUCGCAAGUCCGCCAUGUUGCAUAGAAAAAGAUAGAAAGAGACAGAAACUAGGAGCAACAGAGAGAGAUAUAGAGAGCGACGCUACGCACGCGCAGCUAAAUUCAACUCGCAGAGAGCGAAAAUGGUGCGUCGCGCUGGACGGCGAGAACGAUUAAGAAAGUUGAGAAGAGCCUUGAAACAAUUCAAAGAGGUAGAAUUGUAUCAUCAAAGAUUUAUUUCAUUCAUUAAUUAUUUCUUUUAUACAAAAUUUCAAAGAUGACAGCGCAGGAAGAAAUGUUAAAGGAAGAAACACCACCACCAACACCACCACCGCCACCACCACCACAGUGGAGGUUGGUUACAGUCGACAUACCGGAGUUUGAUUGGAGGACUUAUAAAAGUACAGAAAGGACCGAUCCAAGACAUAAUCAUGGACAAAUCAUGCGAUAUUUCGGAAUCCUGUCAGCCUCUCCAAGAAACAGCGAGGAGAAAUGUUGCUGCGCUCUAUGUAAUCUGAAAAGACGAAAUCAUUGUCUCUUGAGGACAAGAGACAAACGCGCGGGGGAAGUUGUAACGACCCGAUAAUCAAGCG